AUGGCGCUCAAGAAUAUCUUACCGUUACACAAGAAGGAGUCGGUAUCGCGGCUUCAGGGCACUCCUCACAGUCAUGCCCAUCAUAUCCACCGUCCUCAAAAGGCAAAGAGCUUCAUGCCUAACAAGUGGCGCAAUGAGCUCGUUGCCGCUGCAGCAGAGUUCGCCGGCACCUUCAUGUUUCUGUUCUUUGCGUUUGGAGGAACGAGUGUAGCCAACACUGCGGCGACAUACAGCAAUCGAGUUACUUCUGGACAAGACAACAACAGUAUCACGCAGGCGCCGGAUACAAGUGUUCUGCUGUACAUCAGUUUGAUCUUCGGCUUCAGUUUGAUGGUAAAUGUCUGGGUAUUCUUCAGAGUGAGCGGAGGACUCUUCAACCCUGCCGUAACACUCGGCCUCUGGCUCAUCGGCGCCGUCCCAACCAUCCGAGCAUGCCUCUGCUUCGUCUCGCAAAUGCUCGCCGGCAUGGCCGCCGCGGGCGUAAUCCAAGCCAUCAUCCCGGGCCCUCUCAACGUCUCCACCACCCUCGGCGCAGGCGUCUCCGCCGCCCGCGGCGUCUUCCUCGAAAUGUUCCUCACCUCCCUCCUCGUCUUCACCAUUUUCAUGCUCGCAGCCGAGAAGCACAAAGCCACCUUCCUCGCCCCAAUCGGCAUCGGCCUAGCCCUUUUCGUCGCAGAAAUGGUCGGCGUGUUCUUCACGGGUGGCAGCCUGAACCCUGCGAGGAGCUUUGGGCCCUGCGUCGUUACGCACAACUUCCCGGGGUACCAUUACAUUUACUGGUUCGGGCCGCUGAUGGGUACGCUGUUGGCGUUUGGCAUGUAUCGUAUUGUUAAGCUGGUGGAGUACGAGACUGUUAAUCCGGGGCAGGACUUUGACGACCAUGAGGCUGCGUUGUUUAAUCCCCCUGAGGACCCGGAGCAUGCGGGGCAGGUUGAACGGCCGAAUGUUGCGGCUCAUGCUAUGGCGGAUGCGAUUCGCAGGACUAACUCUAACUUUGGGGGCGAAGCCCAGUUUGGCAUUGAUUCGAUGCUGGAGAGUAAGGAUGACGAGAAGUCCACACCACCAAGGUCUCCACAGAAGGAACAGGAGUUGUUAGAACGAACCGGUCAUGCACCAGCUGCCAACGGCGAACGCCACGAGUGCUGUUAG